CAGAGACGCCGGAAGUGACCGCGCGGUGCGCCGGACCGCCGGGAAGCGCGCUCUUGGACCAUGGCGACCCAAGCGAAGCGUCCACGGGUGGCGGGGCCCGUGGACGGCGGCGACCCGGAUCCUGUGGCAGGCUUCCUGAGCUGGUGCCUGCGGGUGGGGCUGGAGCUGAGUCCCAAGGUGAGCGAGCGAGCGAGCGGGCGGGCGAGGACCCGCGGCGGGGCGCGGACUGCCCUGACCAGCCCUCCUCCUGUUCAGGUGGCGGUCAGCCGGCAGGGCACGGUGGCCGGCUACGGCAUGGUGGCCCGGGAGAGCGUGCAGGCCGGAGAGCUGCUGUUCAUGGUGCCGCGGGCCGCGCUCCUGUCGCAGCACACCUGCUCCAUCGGCGGCCUGCUGGAGCGAGAGCGAGUUGCGCUGCAGAGCCAGUCGGGCUGGGUGCCACUGCUGCUGGCGCUGCUCCACGAGCUGCAGGCCCCGGCCUCACGCUGGAGGCCCUACUUUGCGCUCUGGCCCGAGCUGGGCCGCUUGGAGCACCCCAUGUUCUGGCCAGAGGAGGAGCGCCGGUGCCUGCUGCAGGGCACAGGCGUACCUGAGGCCGUGGAGAAGGAUUUGGCCAACAUCCGCAGCGAGUACCAGUCCAUCGUGCUGCCCUUCAUGGAAGCCCACCCCGAUCUCUUCAGCCUCAGGGUUCGCUCCCUAGAACUCUACCGCCAGCUCGUGGCCCUUGUGAUGGCCUAUAGUUUUCAGGAACCACUGGAGGAAGAGGAGGAUGAAAAGGAGCCCAACUCCCCCGUGAUGGUGCCUGCUGCAGACAUACUAAACCACUUAGCCAAUCACAACGCCAAUCUAGAAUACUCUGCGAAUUGUCUUCGGAUGGUAGCCACUCAGCCCAUUCCUAAAGGCCAUGAGAUUUUCAACACUUAUGGGCAAAUGGCUAACUGGCAACUGAUUCAUAUGUACGGUUUUGUUGAACCAUAUCCUGACAACACAGAUGACACAGCUGACAUUCAGAUGGUGACAGUUCGUGAGGCAGCAUUACAGGGAACAAAAACUGAAGCUGAAAGGCUCCUAGUGUACGAGCGCUGGAAUUUCCUAUGCAAACUGGAGAUGGUAGGGGAAGAGGGAGCCUUUGUGAUAGGGAGGGAGGAGGUGCUGACUGAAGAGGAGCUGACCACCACACUAAAGGUACUGUGCAUGCCUGCUGAGGAGUUCAGAGAGCUUAAAGACCAGGAUGGAGGGGGAGAUGAUAAAAGGGAAGAGGGCAGCCUGACGAUCACAAAUAUUCCCAAGCUCAAAGCAUCGUGGAGACAGCUGCUUCGAAACAGUGUUCUACUGACUUUGCAGACCUAUGCCACAGACUUAAAAACUGACCAAGGUUUACUCAGUAAUAAGGAAGUCUAUGCCAAACUCAGCUGGAGGGAACAGCAAGCCUUACAGGUUCGCUAUGGUCAGAAGAUGAUCUUACAUCAGUUGUUGGAACUGACAAGGUAGCAGUUUCCCUGUUCCCUGAAGGAAUAGCAAUAAGAACUUUAUUCUAAGCUAAUAUUCAUUGAUGUUUGAAAAAGGAAAAUUUGGAUCUUUUUCUUAUUAAACGCCAAGAGGAAAAGUAGCAAAGGUGGUGUGCUAGGAUUAACUGAGGUAAGGGUGAUGUGUUUUAGGACUGAGAACAGCAGACUUGGGAAUCACUGCUAAUUGUUACUUAAAAACAUGUUACAGCUGUUCUAUUCUCAGUUUUAACCAAAGCUAGUGGAAAUAUGGUAGUAAUAGGUCUUGUGUUUCAGCAUUUAAUAAUAGACUUUGGAGGUAGACCCCUGGUUUAAAUCUAAGUUUAGUUUGAGGAAGUCACUUAACCUGUAUUUAAAAGACUCUGGAUUUAAUAAGCUGUGUAACUGGUACUGGAUAGUUACCCGAAGUUCAGUCUAGAUGGCACAAACCACCCCUCAGGGAAUAAACUCCUAAGACAUCACUCAAGGAGGACUUCAAUUAUUUAAUUUUGAACUGUUUUGUCCUCUCUGGCCGUAAAAUUUGACAGUCAUGAAAGGUAAGGCAAAUUUUAAGUGGGUUAAGUUUUAAAAUACGUAUCUACUCAUUUUCUUAAAAAAAAAAAAAAAUACCUGGAGGUAAAGGAUAUUAAAACUGGGCAUUUUAAACUCAGCUUAACCAGAUAAACCUGCUCCAGCAAUUGUCCAGUGUUGAAAUAGGAAGAAAAAUACAAUUUCCUUAAACAUGCCAGCUUAGUAGUAGGAAUGACCUAUCAUUCAGCAAGAAGUUGGUGGUUCCCCGUGGCCCCAAGGUCUGCAAGGCUGGAUUGUCCACUUUUCCUCCUCACCACCAGCACUGGCUGCUGCUACUGAGAAAGGCACAGUGGACUCGUGUGUGUGUCAUGACUUUAAUGGUUAGCUACAGUAUGCAUACACAUACAAGAAGUAGGGGAGCUGAAGCCCAGGAAAGGGCUACAAAAUACAACACAGGGACCAACACAUUUGCAAAACAUUCAAAAUCCUUAUAAAAGGGGCUGUAUUGGUCCUUUCAACUUUGUCAUUAUUCGGCUUAGCCUGUAUGGCUAUUCAGUGGGGUAAUGGGGGAGAACAAUUAAGAGAUUUGGUUCUAAGAGAUUUGGUUCUCUUUCCUAUAUUCCCACUGUUUUUAAGUUUCAGGAGAGGAUUGUGGGGGUGAGGGUACGGGGUGGGCUUUAGGCCUGGUCUGGUUUCCCUUUAUAUAAAGAGCUGACCCCCAUCUCAUGUGGCUGAGGUGUAUAAUCCCCAAAAGAAAUAAGAUGGUACAAAUGCAGUCAGCUUUGGAAUAUGUUUGGGUAGAGACAAAACAGAAACUCAUGGGAUUCCAAUAGUGAGCCCUUCCCAUGUUCCUGGACAUAUCCAAUUCUAGCACAUCCAUAUUUUUAAUAACUUAGUGAUUUUCAAGGUCCCCUGUCCACAUUAAAAAAAUAAGUUACAUAAUAUUCAAA